GGAGUGUUCAGAAAACCGUGUCACAGAAAUCGGAAAAUACAAGUUUAAAGUAUAUUUAAUGAGUUAUAUUAAAGUUGAUAGCGCUUAUUUCAGCGAAUGCCAUCAAGAAUGCUAACACAAGAGAUCGUGCCGAAUCGUCGUUUAACACGCAUUCAACCGCGUGCGAAUUUGAUAACAUUUCAAAAGCAUCGCGGCCACAAAGCAGCGAGUAAAGAUCUGAAAAUCGUCAAAGAAUUGUUCACCGAGUUCGGACAGCAGACCAGCAUACACGGUUUGAAUAAGACAUUUGAGGCGAAUAUGAAUCUGGUGACGCGCCUAUUCUGGACCGUCGGCUUCCUCUGUGCGCUCGGCAUGAUGAUCUUCGUCAUACAAAUGCUCGCCGCGCGCUACAACAAACAACAAUUCAAGACAGUGGUGAACGCCACAAAUUAUCCGAUUUAUCGUAUCGUUUUCCCGGAAGUGUAUAUAUGUAACGAGAAUCGCUUGAAUUGGGCGCGUUUCGCUUCGGCGAAGGAGAAUUUUCUACGUCCCGAACACCACAAUACCCAGCUGGAGCGGUUAUUCGCAGAAGCGUUAAGUCUUUAUGACACACUUUUUUUCGGCAAUUUCGAUAUUUUUAGGAGUCUGAGUAACAGAACUAAGCUGCACGAGUUGGACUAUGUGAACUUCACGAAUGUGGCACAGUUUAUGUCGUGGCGCUGUGACGAACUGCUCACAGACUGUGUAUGGCGUCAUAGGCCAAUGAAUUGUUGUGAUAUAUUUAUAGCACGUCGCUCCACACAUGGCUUUUGCAUGUCGUUCAAUACACUCGAAACGGUGUCGGGACAAUUAAGAGCACCGUUAGACGAUAAAUGGCCGUGGCGUGCCAGUCAAAAUGGGCCGGGUAAUGGGCUAAACGUGCGCGUGCUGAUAAACGAGAAGUUGCAUUCACCGCUUGCAACGAACCGGAAAGGCGUUACGUUUAUGCUGAUGGAGCCUGGCGUGUGGUGGAGUUAUCCGAAUCAGGUGCAACUUAGUGAUAAGGUCUUUGUGCGGCUAAAUGCACAACUCAGUUUCUACGAUAAAACCACACGAAGAAUUUCGUCAAGCGUGCGCGAGUGUGUUUUCGAUCAUGAACGCAAUAGCAUCGACUUCAAGACACUCAUCAACCACAAAUAUAUGUUCGAAAACUGCCAAGCCGAAUGUCAGCAGGAGCAUACGAUGAGGUUUUGCAAUUGUACAUUGGAUAUGUUCUUUCCGCCGAGUCAAUAUCCUUCGUGCAAAUUGUCGGACAUGCCUUGUCUGGCGAGGAAUAACAUGCGUUUGAGGAGCUUCGAACAAAGCGGCGAAAAGGAUUAUAUGGCACCAACCCUACAAGAGCUUGGCAUGGUCUGCGAGUGCUUCCUAAACUGCCUAUCACUGGCCUAUCUCAUUGACAUACGUUCCUUCAACCUGCCAGAUGUCAUACAGAAACCGAAUGAUUCAUUUAUAGAAUUUGAUUUUUAUUUUAUGCGCGAUUCGAUUGUGGUCUUUCGGACGACUGUCAUUUACACUUGGGCCGAUUUGUUGGUGAACUUCGGCAAUGCCACCGCACUCUUUCUCGGCUGUUCCGUUAUAAGUGCCGUUGAAUUGUUCUACUAUUUCUGCAUUUACUUGCCACAGCGCCUACGUAGGGUACACAAAAGAUUCAAAACGCCUUUAAUAUCCUCCAAUAAAUACGACAGCAAGUUGUUGGAGGACUGGAUGAGGCAGUUAUAUGACCACAACGUCGAAAGUAAGGAGCCUAAAGAUACCGAAGAGAAGCUGAGCAACGGCACUUGAGACCAAGACCGAUAAAGUGCGUGGCAUUUACAACGUUCAAAUAGCAAUCAUAAAAAUCACUUACCGCACGCUGGAGAAAGAGGAAGAAGCAGAAAAGAAGCGAAGUGUUGCGAAAAAUGUACAUAAAGCAUUCAAACAAAGCGUUAAAGAAAAUAAAAGAGAAUAGCGUAAAUAAUCAUUGUUUCGUGUCAUUUCCGUUAGCCUUCAUUGUCUUGCCUACUACUAAAUAAAGUUUCGCGUACCCCGCUUUGUCACCGUUUAAGGUAUUUG